CUCGUAUGGCUGAGGACCCCUUUAUAAACCCAUACCAGGUCACUGGGGAAGUCACACAACACUCGCCACCACAGAGAGACAGAGAAAAACACCUGCUCAAAACAGCCCAGUCUACCAUUGAAGAAUCUAUUCUCUCUCCUCCUUUUUUUGCUCACUCGUUCUUUCACCUUCUGGGACACGAUGUGGAAACCACUGGUAUUAGCUGUGUGUCUGUUAGUGGCUGGGGUGCAGGGGAUGGAGCGCCCCACGUAUGGAGUGAAGCUAUGUGGCCGGGAGUUCAUCCGGGCGGUCAUUUUCACCUGUGGAGGAUCUCGCUGGAGACGGUCACUCGGGAGUGCAGGAGACUUCCCUCAGGACCCUUUCAGCUCCCAUGACGAGGACUCAUCUGAAGGCUGGAACUCAGACUCCCAGGUCCCAGAGGGUCCCUUCCAGCAUGUCCAGGAGGGUGGGGUGUUCAUCCGCAGGCCAGCCCGCUCCCUCAUCUCAGAGGAGAUACUGGAGGCUCUCCGUAUGUCAGACCGUAAGGGCCGUGAUGUGGUGGUGGGCCUGUCCAACGCCUGCUGCAAGUGGGGCUGCAGCAAGGGAGACAUCAGCUCCCUUUGCUGAGAAUCCACCCCAUUCUCUCCCCUCCCAUGCACACACGUAGCCAUACACAUACCUGGUAUUUUCUCAUAUCUCUCUCUCGGUUUUUCUAACUGCUCUCCCCAGUGUUUCCGAGUUAAAGUAUCAUGUUAACUGUGCAGGGAGAAUAUAACCUUAUUCUCCAUAUAGACCCAGUCGGUAUUAGAUUGAACGUCAUGACCCUACCUGCCUGUAAAACAACCUGUGUUUACCUAGGUUUCCCCAUUGGCUCACAGCAAAAACGUUAUAUUUUUCAAACGCAAUUUUCUUAUUGUCUGCUUGUUUUAGUCAAUUACAAAACUCCAUUUAAGAAAGUACAACAUGUCUAAAGAUUACUUUUCAACAGUGCCUGCUCCUAGCGUUCUCACUACUUAGAAAAACGUAAUCUUGUAAGGCUUCCCUUAUUAUGCCCUUUUUCAUGACAAUGCUAGCAGCAACUUGAGUGAGAGCUAGCUACUGACCGGAACAUUAAGCUAGCCAAGACCAACAACACAAACAAUCUGACUAUCCAGCUAGUGGAAUUACAAACGGACAGUAUGAGCUAAACAAGUUAAAUGUGUUAACCGUGAUGAAAUGUUUUCCACACACUUAGCUACGUGUAGCCUACUUGGACACCGCAUCCCCACAUUUCCCACACCGAAUAGCCUGAAGCCACAGGGCUCUUCUCGCAGACUCUAUUUCCCAACGUGGGACCAUUGCGAACCACUGGUCGGAAUUUCUGACCUGGCUACUUACUACACGUACAUUGAACAACACAGGAGUAUUUCGGCAUAUUUUGUUAUUUCUGUAUAACAAAAAAAUCUGCGGGUUUUCCCCAAUUUAUGGGCGUGGUCUACGGGAAUUCCUUAUUAUUACGUCAUUACCGACUAGGACUGAAUACCGAUAUCUUCCUGUCUCUAUACGUGUGGAAUUUGGCUAGCUGUGAUGAAAUGUGGAUUCCAGACCUUUUUCUCCAUUGUUGUUUUUGGAUCCUUCGUACUUUUUGUCCACUCACUGUCGUCAUUCACAUGGCCCUUAUUUUUUUUUUUAAAUCUGUCAAAUCUGUUUUAUUUUGGAUUAUGAACCUGUUAUAAGGGUUUUAAUAAAGAUUUGAUUUGCUUAACAUUCUGACUUUUGGUAUGUUUUGUGAGGAUCUGUUUAUUGCACUAUAACCCAAUACUAUAUCACAUGUAAUAUAAUAUUAGCGACUGUUGGCCUGGGCGCCUGGGUGUCUAUGUGUGUGUGCUGGAAGUGGCAUUUUGCCCCAGAUAGUGUGCUGAGAAGCUGUGGUUGACCUUGAGCGAGAACAGUAUGCUUUCUAUGCAGGUGCAAAUAGCUCAAACUAUGUUACAGAACUGUCUGGCCCCAGUCUCUAGGGUAUGGGAGCGUAAUCUACACAGCAACAGCGCCGGACACCAAGGAGCGCCAAGAGGCUGGGACCUGCCUGAGCGCCGGCGAUAGGCUGAGCAAGUUUAAACCACGCUCAGCCUCUACUGUGAUAGGCCAACAGACGGGUUGGAACUACGUCUAUCACAGUAUAAGAACAGCUGUUUACUUACAUCCUGCCAGUUCUCUGUUCUGCCCUGCGAGGUGAUACAGAGAACCCGUAUAUAUGAAAAUUGCAUUUACCAUUUAUUGCUUGAGUUUAAUAAAAAUACUUAAAGUAUAUUCGGUGACUCUGAAUCACAUUUUGUCCUGAUACCAGAUUUGA